UUCUUUGGUUUGACAAUCCUCUCAUUUUUGCUCAUUCCAAUGUAUUUCAUCCAUGUGCCGUCGACGUUUUCGACGAAUCCGCAUCAUCGAAUGGAGGAUAUUUUCGAUGCAUUGACUGAAGUGCGGGACAAUCCGUGGAUUGGAGCCGCGCUUAUGCUCACCGUUAUCAGUAUUGCGUUUUUCAAUUUUGCGGGUGUCUCGGUCACCAAAGAACUCUCGGCCACCACACGAAUGGUACUGGAUAGCGUCCGAACGCUCGUAAUCUGGCUGGUUUCAAUUCCACUGUUUGGAGAACGUUUCAUCCCUCUACAGUUGCUUGGAUUCGCCUUGCUGAUUCUCGGAAUGUUUGUCUAUAAUGAUAUCUUCAUUGGACCGUAUUUCCGUCAAAAUAUUUGUAUGUGA